UCACUCCCCCUCAUCCCCAAUCCACCUUCUCCUCUUCCCCAGCUCUGCCAUCACCCCUUAACUCUCCAACCCAGACACCCAGACACCAAAGAAAUGUGCGACGUCCCAUUCUUCCCCAUCCUCCCCAUCUGCUUCCAAUGCGGCACCGACCAGAACCCCUGCCGCUGUAAAGUCGUCGGGCCAACCUUAGUGCUUGUGUGUAGGAUUUAUCUGUACGGUUGUCGCUGCUGUCAUCUGUUACCCGGCAUCGAUCUUCUGCGGGUGUUGUUUGACGAAGACAGGCAAGGAUGUCCUGGGGUAUCCGGUCAAGGUGAAUGGGGUUGUUAGUAAUGCGAUACCGAUAUAAGUAUCACUUACCCUCUCUGAGGUUGGCCGGAGGGGUUUUCAUGAUAGAAGUGGGUGGGCGACGUUAAUCAUAAUAAAUAAUA